UUUUAAGUAGCUUGUGAAGACAUUUCUUUUUUCCUUUUUUGUUUGACAAAGGUGGUGGUACUUGUCAUGUUCAGUUCUAAGAUGUCCAUUGGUAACCCAUUUUUUCCCUAAUUAAAUGGCAUAGAAACUAGAUCUUCCAGAAAGGAACAAUUUGAGCAGGUGCCUUUCAAGGCAGGGUAAAAAUUCUAGGAUAUGGUGGUUACCUUGUAAAAACCCCAGUUUUACUUGAUUUUAUAGUAUGAACACAUGACUUUUCCUAAGGAUAGUAGAACUUUAUUUUAAUGAAAAUCAUGCCAGUGAAAGCUAAUGAUAAUGUAUAACUUGGAUGAAAAAUUCAUGUUCAGCAAUGGGAUGCUGAUGUGGUUGAUGAUAUAUGUAAAAACAUGUUUUGCACAUAAGGGUUCAGUGGUGACAGUGCGGCACUAGCAAUCUGUGAUAAUCCCAGUGUACAGAUUUUUCUAUCUAGCUAUAAGGUAUAGAUUUUUUAUUUUGAAGAGUAUCCAGAGGUAUCUUUAGAUAGUAUAUAACAUUAUCUAAUUUAAGAUGAAUAGGUUUAUGUACCGCUUUUCAAAGAGCAUGUGGUUCUUAAAAAAUUAAGGCAAUGUUUAAGCAAGCAGCUCAUCCCCAUUAGAAAUUAACUGUGCUGCCUAGGAGUAAGGAAAAGAAAGAAGAUAAUUUAAUUUCUAGAUAUUCUGUUUUUCUCUUGCUGCCUGACAAAUCAUCCCAAAAUUUAGUGGUUUAAAGCAGUCAUUUAUUAUAAUUCUGUAGGUUAACUGGGCUGAGCAGGACUCAGAUUAUUGUUGUGGGUCUUUCAUACAGUUGCAGUCGGAUGUUGGCUGUGAGUUUAGUCGUCUGUAGGUUCAACUGGGUAGUUUAUCCAGGAUGACUCCCUUAGGUGACUGGGAGUUUAGAUGGUUUCUCCAUGUAACAUAGGCUUCUCCCAGCCUGGCAGCUGGAUUGCAAGAGGGAGAUCCUCAAAAGAAAGACAUUCAUGGAGCCAAGUAUAAACUUCAAGACUUCUUAGACCUAACUCAGAUGUUCUGCCUCAUCACUUCUGCUAGAUUUACUCUAAUCAAGUUCAUACAUGGAAUUGGACGAUCAGGUGAUAUUUCUGCUGUGCAACCAAAAGCUGCAGGUUCUAGCCUUUUAAACAAAAUUACCAAUUCUUUGGUACUGGACAUCAUAAAGUUGGCUGGUGUCCAUACCGUGACCAACUGCUUUGUAGUUCCUAUGGCAACCGGUAUGAGUCUGACCCUGUGUUUCUUAACAUUACGACACAAAAGACCAAAGGCAAAGUAUAUUAUAUGGCCACGAAUAGACCAGAAGUCCUGCUUCAAAUCUAUGAUCACUGCAGGUUUUGAGCCCGUGGUGAUAGAGAAUGUUUUAGAAGGUGAUGAACUGCGCACAGACUUGAAAGCAGUGGAGGCUAAAGUCCAGGAACUUGGGCCUGAUUCCAUUCUGUGUAUUCAUUCUACUACCUCCUGUUUUGCUCCAAGAGUGCCUGAUAGAUUAGGAGAACUGGCUGUGAUGUGUGCCAACUAUGACAUUCCACACAUCGUCAACAAUGCUUAUGGAGUACAAUCUUCAAAGUGCAUGCACCUCAUCCAGCAUGGGGCCCGUGUUGGUAGAAUAGAUGCUUUUGUUCAGAGCUUGGACAAAAAUUUUAUGGUUCCAGUAGGUGGCGCUAUAAUUGCUGGCUUUAAUGAUUCUUUCAUCCAGGAAAUUAGCAAGAUGUAUCCAGGAAGAGCUUCAGCUUCUCCAUCUUUAGAUGUCCUUAUUACUUUAUUGUCACUUGGGUCAAAUGGCUAUAAAAAGCUUUUAAAAGAAAGAAAGGAAAUGUUUUCAUAUUUGUCCAGUCAACUGAAGAAGCUUUCAGAAGCCUACAAUGAAAGACUGUUACAUACACCUCACAAUCCCAUAUCUUUAGCUGUGACGCUUAAGACACUUGAUGAACACCGUGACAAAGCUGUCACUCAGCUAGGCUCAAUGCUUUUCACCAGGCACGUUUCUGGAGCCAGGGUUGUGCCUCUCGGAUCUGUUCAAACUGUGAGUGGCUACACUUUCACAGGCUUUAUGUCACAUACAAAUAAUUACCCUUGUGCGUACCUCAAUGCUGCAUCAGCCAUUGGAAUGAAGACACAGGAUGUGGACUUGUUCAUCAAGAGACUUGACAAGUGUUUAAAGACAGUCAAAAAAGAACAAAAUAAAGAGAGUGGUGUGUCUGGAAUUGACAAUCCUGAUCAACCCAAAGAAGUGGAUAUGAAUGAAAUGGCUUUAAAACUAGAUAAUGUACUUCUUGACACUUAACAGGAUUCUUCUUGACAUAUGAAGGGCUUCUUCUUGAAAAAUGGAAAGAAAUGAUGAGGCUGCAGUAUAAGAAAGUAGACAAAACUUGAGAUUUCUAGAUUGAGAAUUUCAUGGACAAUAUUUGAUCAAGGAAUAGAAUAUGGUCUGAGCUUACCUUUAAUGAUUAUUCUGUCUUCUAUUUUUAGACUGCCUCAAUCCUUGUGCUCCAUAAUGGAUAUAUGCAAUUAACAUUUUUCUAAAUGGUUAAAAUAUUUGUCAAGCAUGAUUCAGGUAAUUGUUGCUAAGAUGACAAGUAAAAUUUUUUCUGAUUCUCUUUGAAAUGUGUAGACUGCUUCCUCCUAGCCAUUUUCUACCAUCUACAAGUUACCUAUGUUUCUGCUCAUGCAGAAUUUAGAAAGGUCUCUAAUGCUGCUAAUCACUAGAUGUUUAUUGAUGCAUGUAGGUCCUGGUAUGUGUAUGGACAUUCUCCAGGGGAGUAGGGUCAAGGUGUAAGCUUUAAUUUUCAUUCAACAGAAAUGGUUCUCAACUGGGGACGAUCUUCUUAUAUUUGAGCAACAUCUGGGGACAUUUGGUUGUCACAAAUGGUGGUGCUAUCGACAUCUGGUAACUUGAAUCCAGUGGUGCUGUGCAUCGUCCUACAAUGGACCAGAAACCUUCCCCAAACAUCAUCCGGCCCCAAAUGCAGUAGUGCUGAGGAUGCUUCAUAGAGAACUCUGUUGCCAAACCAUAAACAAUAUACUCUUGUGAUAACCAGGGUCAUCAGUUCUAAACAUGUAAUUAUUGAAAGUUUCAUGUGGCAUUUGUGCAUUAUUCCAUUUGGGCAAGUGAAAACUCUUCCACUGUUUUUGCUCUCCACAGCCUUUGUAUAUGAUUUAGUUUGCUCAGGUGUUUUGCGCAGCCAUCAUCAAACGUGACUAACAUGGGUGUUUUUGACCAUAUUUUUGCUAUGGGGGUGAAAGUGAUGUAACGUGAAAACAGGUAUAUUCCCGUGUCCCUGUACACAUACCCACUUUCUGAGUGAAAUUCCAGACUUUUUGGCUAUAAAAAUGAUUUUUGUUGUUAAAUUUAACUGAUACAGGUUGAGGAAUUAGUGAAGCUUCUGAAUGCACCAAAAUGCCUAACUUGUUUCUCAAGUCUUCUGUGGAGUGUUAUUCCUAAGAGAUGCUUAUGGCAUCAAAGUUUCCACGGAUAGACUUGGGACUUUACAAAUCUGCCUACUGGCAUACUAAGGCUCUAAGGAUUUCUUUGAAACCAGUUUGAAUGUAUCCUUAUCAAAAAUGGAAACUGCUUUUAAAAUUAGUGAAUUACUUGUUGGCUUCCCUUUGUACAUACUUUCGAAGACACCACAGUAGAGACUACAACAUUGAUUUCUGAGUUGUGUUUGCUUGUUUUGGCAGUGUGAACCGUGUUAAACUUGAGCUCAGAUACCACUGUCUGCGUAAGGUAGUAUACUUGACACUGGCUUGAAAAAUUUGGAAGUCAAGAUUGUGUUGAGGUAAAGGUGUUAGUUAUAAAUAUAUGAAUUAUUUUAACAUGAUGUCUUUGGAGUUAAAAUGUUUUAAAUAUCUGAUUUUUGAAAAUAGCUCUUAACUCAUUCUAAAAGAGUCAGUUCUGGAAUGAAAAAUUGUAUGCUGUUUUUGUGUGAAUUUGGGGUUCAAAUUAGUAGAAUGAAAAAAGCUGAAAGAACACCUACCUCCAACUUGCCAGAAGGAAUGAAGUGAUGUUGCAAAUGUAAAUGCUGGCAGUGGAGCUCGCUCCACACGUAAGCCAAAAUUGUUUUAUGGAACAAGUGAUCUAUAUUGUGCCAUCAUCAUUUAGCUUAAGGAAGGCCAGAGCAGAGAGACUAGCAAAUGUUUCCUUGUCUGCAAUGUAUCAGCAGUUCUCUGGGUUUAGCUGCUGAAUAGAUAAUUCUAAUGGAAGAUAAAUUGCAUGAAUCCACAUGUGAAUGAUAGAUAUAACAUUUCAUUCCUGGUACAUAAAAUCAGCUGCAGUUUUUAUUAUUAGCUCUUCUGGGGUUUUGGAAUUCCAGCUCUAUUCCUACUGGUUUAAAUUUGACCAUGAGGUCAUGGAAUUCACAAGAGUUUUGGAGGAAUGCUAUGGGUUCCUCAUAGUCAGGAUUUUCUCUGUCUUCACCCCAGCACUGUUUUCACUUGCUCUCAUCUCCACAUGUAGGUUAAAAAAACGCAAAAAACUGCACAGGCAAUUAUUUAUUAAAUUGUUUGUUCUGAUUGGAAAGCCUCACAGUCACCCUGAGUUAUCCUUGAACUGAGGCAGAGGGACAACAGGUGACACAUUUUCUGAUCAUUGACUAAGACGAUCUCUUGAAUCUUUAUGAUCCAACUGCCCUCAUUGAGGUGAUGAGGUAGGAUUUUGGAGUUUGAUUUUAAAGUCACGGGGCUGUGAUGGUCUGCCCAGAAAAGAAAACCAAAUAACACAGGAUAUUCCUUAGAUGACUACACAGUGUGUCACACGCACAGUACCGAAUGGCAUUUUUCAGUCUAGCUCUCCACUUGGCUCUUUUGUCCAAUGAUAAAUUCUCUUAUCAGGGAAUGAUAGGUGACCGCAGCCUUUGGAACCAUGUGUCCAACUAUAAAUCUUUGUUUAGCUUUUUCUAUUAAUUGAAGUUGCAGAAUAUGAAUUAUUGAAUACCGUUCUGUUCAGCCAAUAGGUACUUGAUACACAAAAUGGUAAAUUUAAAUAUAAAUUAAAUUUUUUCCCCAAUAUUUUGCCCCAGCACAUUGCAGCUCGCUCUUUCUUUCUUUCUUUCUUUCUUUUUUAAGAUUUAUUUAUGCAUGCAAGAACUGGUGUAUAGGCCAGAGAUGUAGGGGGUGAGAGGAUUUGCCAGAGACAGAGUGGGGAACAGAACAGGCGGACUGACUGAAGUACACUGCUGAGGGGAGCAGCGGGCGAGUCAGGAGAGGUCUGCUGCGCCAUCUGGGUAGCUCACUGGCCAGCCGGGGAUGGAACUCAUGUUGCAGAGGUUGCGGAUAGCUUCAUAGUUUACAUCUUAACCCCUUGCUCCACCAGGGAGGCCCUGCGGCUGUUUCUUUAACCACCUCAUAACUCACCAAGACAACCUACAGGAUAUGCCUGUAAUUUUAAACUAUCUUUGCUAGGUUUUAGUGAAAUUUAAAGGAACAUUUUUUGAAACAGUAAUGUUUCUUUAAUAUUGAAUUAGUAGCUCAUUACGAUAGUUGCAUCCUUGUGUUCUUUCCCCAUGGAAAACGGCCAACAGCCACAGAGCAGAUGAGUCUCAUCCAUAUUACACUCGGAGACAUUUUUUUGAACACAAACACUUGGUGCAUAGAAAAGUUGGCUUUUCUUUUCUCACUUUGUAAGAUGUGCUAACUGCCAGCAAGUCCCUAAAUGGUUUUGCUGUGUUCUGCAUUCAUGAGGCUGACCUUGUUUUGUAACUAAAAGCAAUCUAGUUUGUACGCACAGACGCUUGGUGCUCUCUUGUCUGUCACACUAUUUUCCUGGUUUCUCUUGUGUGGCCCACUUUACCAGGUAUGUGGGAGACUUACCCUCUGCAUCCUUUUGUGCCUGCUUUUUUACUUUCAUGCUCCUUUUGGCUGUUAUUCCUGUAGAAGUAUAUGAUGAAGAAGCCAAGGCUAAUGUACCUAUCUUUAUAAUUGCACACCUGCUUUCUACGGAUCUGUGUAAGACGGCCUCAGGCAAUAUCUGGAAACACGUGUACUGUCUUAAGUGGUAUCAACUUGAACUUUUACAGAUGUGAAGAAAGGCUAUGUUUAUGAUUGUGGGGGAUUUUUGCAAUUAGAAUGGAAGUAGUUUAGUUCAAUUCCAGAAUCGAAGCAAGUCAGCUUUCUAAUUUGUUUAACCAAGAAAAUUAGUUUCCAAAAAUAUUUUUGGUAUACAUUUUUAAAAAUAAAGAUGAAUUGUAUCAUAUAUUACAUGAGAUAAUUUUUUAAUCAUUGACAGUUUAUGAUACUAUUUUAUCUAAUCAUUGCCACAGGUAAAAUCUGCAAGUAUAUAUAACACUAAAAUGAGUUGUCCAUUUUGUGAUUAGUUAUUGGUAUCAGCUUGCCAGAAAUCAGCAAGAAAAGGCAUGAUGAGAAUCAUGAGUCAUGGGAGCGAAAGCUAGAUUAUUUUAAAAAAGAAAAAAGGAUCUUAACGUUACUUCAAUUAAAGAAUACAUUUAAUUAAAAAAAUAAACUUACUGUAAUCGCCGUGUUGAAACUAAAAAGUCAACUGAAUUAACCUAUGCAAAAAUUAAAAAGGAAGGAGAUGGCAUUUUAGCAACCAUUUUGCAGAAGAAUCUACUGAGUAUAGAGGUGUACUUAGAAGUAUUUAAAUCUUUUCUAAAAGGAACACUAUCAUGCUGGAAAAUAAGGACCACUUCCUUUCACAUCACUCUCGAAUUAUGCUGUUUGAAUUUUCCAAGUAAUUCUCAUUUGAUUUGGAGUUAGAGCUCUGCGCUGGUGUUUGUUAACCAUAUGCGAUCACAUAUUUAACCUUUCUUAUUUGCACAAUGUGCACAGCCUUCGAGAAGCAAGGAUUAAAUGAGAUAUAUGUCAAGUGAUUAACUUUUUUUGCAAGGCAGUCAUCAGUGUAUUUUGUCCAUUCUA